CUCCUCCUGCAGGCAGCCCGAGCCUAUGCAGACCAGAAAGCAGCAACUCAGUCUAGCCAGAUGGAUAACCUGCCCUCCUCCAUGCUGCUGAAAGAUUAUCAGAACGUCCCAGGAAUUGAGAAGGAGAAAAUGAAGAUAAAGACUGAGCAGCUGCUAAACAAGAUCACAGAAAACCCAGAAGAUACCACAUCUUUAGAAGCUCGAGUUAUACGAUUGACGGUCAAGAUCAGAAACUAUGAAGAACACAUGCAGAAGCAUCACAAGGACAAGGCUCACAAGCGAUUCCUCCUUAUGACCAUUGACCAGAGAAAGAAGGUACUCAAAAAGCUUCGGCAGACCAACUUUGAGGUGUUUGAGAAGACGUGUAAAGAGCUGGGUAUCGAGUACACAUUUCCCCUUCUGUACUACCGGCCCAAGCACCGACGGUGGAUGGCUAAGAAGGCUUUUUGUAUCAAAGUUUUCCAGGAGGCACAGAAGCUGAAGAAGCAAACAGCAGCACUGAAACGUGAAGGAACAAAGAGGCCAGAAAAUCAGGGAACUUCAGUUUGAUGGCCAGGCUCCAACAGUCCUGUGGCACUUUAUCCAGUCCAAAAAAUA